CGGACAUGUUGAGGGUCCAGAUUAUUCACCGAAUCAGGACAUAUGUCGCGUAGUCUCGCGGCAACUUGUCCGCCGCUGUACUGAUGUAGCCCCGCAUGUCAUGGUCGCCUAUCGCUCUUGCCCUUCCUGCUGAUAAGGUAAGCAACACCUCGUUGUGCACUCAUCACAUGAGUCCACUGCUCAGCGAAUCUUUUCCAUCAACUAUAGCGGAAGUUCGUAUCGCAAUCAUUUGUCUACUAUGCGCCAAUCUAAGUCUACUGCCGGAGCUGAGAAGAAGUUUAUCUGUAAUCAUGAGAAUUGCGAUAGACGAUUCACUCGACAUGAGCAUCUGCAAAGACACUAUCAGAACCACGCAGGGGGUGAUUUUACGUGCGACAGAUGCAGGGCACAUUUCAAGCGCCGUGAUCUCUUGGACCGACACAUUUCUCGACAUGAAGCCAAGGAUGCGGAAGGAAGUGCUCUCAUGACGCGAAAGCGAUCUUGGAAAGAUGCAGACGGAAAUAUUGUCUCGAAGAAGCCCAAUUUAGGUGAAGACAAUGACACCGACAAGCCAGAUGAGCAGAGCGCUGUCAACGAUUCUGCUCGUCUGUUGUCUCCACCAUUGUCGUUUGACGCUGCAGAUGCUCAAGCUUUGAGCGCCAUGAACUUGGAGUCUAUGGAUGAGUCGCUACCUUUCAUCCACGACCAACCAGGAAUUGAGCAAUCCGGAAAUCCCAUUCUAAACGAUGAUGACCUUUACGCCAACUUCACAAAUCAGGCUGCUGAUGAUAACCUCUUUGAAGAUGCAUUUAAUCCUGAUACAGCGAGUUCAUUCAACAUGCCGUAUACUACCAUGAGCAACUACAAUUGGUUAUUCGAUCUUGACACGGAGCUAAGUGACAACAACAGCUUCAGUAUUGCAGAUCUGGACUACAAUGCAUUCCCACCAAUGCAGCCCGAUCUGGACUCUACUCACAUGGUAGACUUCGACAUGUCAACCUUGCACCAGCCCUUGACUACUACAGAGACGCAGGCGCCCAUUGCCCCCAUGAUCUACCCUCAGCAGAGCCAACAACAGUACCAGUCAUCGAUGCCAUCUCAAGCAACUUCCACAAACGGGUCGUCAGCUGCUGACACUAGCUCGCCAAGGUCGUCACAAUCUACUAAAGCGACGUCUGUGUCUUCUACACAUCAACAUAGAAGGCGUAAGUCAGUGGCUACACGGCGACCAGCUUUACCUACUGGCUUAGAACGUCCUAUGACCUUGAUGAGUGCAAACACCAAGCUGCCCAAGUUAGAUGAGCUCGCUAGAUCCCACAUACUACAACUAGUCGAGACGGUUCGACCAGUUACCCCCACCGGUGAUCUCAUCUCACCUGACCAUCCGUUUUUUGCUCUUCCGGCUUUGCAGACCUAUUCCGACUUGUUCUUCACCAGGUUCAACGCAACUUAUCCUUUGAUACACACAUCUUCUUUCGAACCGUCUAAGAUUGACACCCUACUUCUCCUGUCGGUGCUGCUCCUUGGUUGCACAUAUUGCGAAAAGGAUGCUCAUCAGAUAGCUGUUUGCAUUCAUGACGUCCUGAGACCGCAAAUCUUUGCUCAUUCUAGCUUCAGUGCUGUCCCUGAACUCUGGAUCCUACAAACGAUAUUGCUGGUCGAGUGCUUUGGAAAGUCGCGGGCUGGACAAAAACAGCAUGAUAUGUCUCAUCUAUUCCAUGGGUUGUUGAUCAAUCUCAUCCGCCGCAGCGACUGCCAACUUCUGAAACCUGACCCCUCUAUGGAAGCUCACGGAGACUUGGAAGACGAGUGGAAGGCUUGGGCCGAUGCAGAGCAGAAGAAGAGACUUGCUCUUCUCUGUUUCAUGUGGGAUACUCAGCAUGCUGUCUUGUUCUGUCAGUCUCUCUGUAUGUCUGCAUUCGAGCUGAGAUGUCAUCUGCCUUGCGAUCAAUCUGUAUGGGAAGCAGACUCUGCAGAGUCCUGGCAGAAGCUCCGCAAAGCACAAGCUACGCCUCCGUUGUUUCUUACUGCAUUGAAGACUCACAUCGGCGCCCAAUCUCCCGCCGUAUCGCGCAAGCUGAAUGGAUUGUCUCGAGUGCUGAUCUUACAUGGGCUAAUGUCGAUAGCUUGGGACAUGAACAGACGGGAUCAAACAUCGCUAGGCGUCGUCGGCAGUAACAUGCUAGACGGUUGGAAGCAUCGUAUUGCAGUAUCGUACGACAGCUGGAAAGCCGACUUCGACGCCUAUGUGAUGUCAGUCACGCAACUGCUCUCCCAAUCCUCGGCGUCUAUGACACCAGCGGAAUUGCAAGAAACACGGAAGGGCUUCGCCAUUUACUCCACAGCGAACUCUGCACUCUACCAUGCAGCUUAUGUCAUCCUCUUUUCAGAUUUCCUGGAUGUCCAGAUUUAUGCCGGUGCCAGACAUCUUCUUGGCAGACCUGUAAGAAGGGAGGAUUAUGCCAGGUCGCAACAAGUAGUGAAGAGAUGGGCGAAUGAGCAAAGUCAGCACGCUGCGAGAGCGGCAUGGCACGCUGGUCACAUCAUCAAAGAUGCCGUGAUGAACCUCGAAGAUUUUGACGCUGGAGGUCUGUUCAUACACCCCUGGUGUCUGUACCUCGCAACAGUCACAAUAUGGAGCUUCCAUCAUGCGCGUCCUGGCGGCAAGCGGACCAAAGGCUCGGAUGAUGAUGAAGACGAGAUGAUUUGGGACUCGCAAGCGGAUAUGAAUGCCUUGAUCGGCAGUAUGACCAGUGGUACCGCGGAACAACUUUCGACUUCUCUGACAAACAACAGGAAGAUUAGUACUGCUGGGCUGACUGCGGUCAUCUCCAAGCAAUUGAGUAAGAUCAGGUGGGCCGUUGUGCGAGAUGGUAUGCUUGUGCUGAAGGGACUUGUUCCGUGGAGACUCAUCAACGAGCCAGAAGUAUGAUCAGCGCAGAUUUACUAAUGCCGCCCGUAUCGAUUUCCAACCUGGGACAAACCUCGUUGGUCAUACAGUUGUGCUACUCGAGUCUGAUGAUAAGCUUUCCAGCAAAGUGCGAUAAGACAGCGAUAGGGAAGCGCUUGCGCGGGGCCGGCUCAAGGGCAACCCCACCCUUGACAAGUAAGCAACUCCACCCUCAGAUACACUGUCGUCUUCUCCACUAUAUCCUGUGUCAGCACAAUGGGUGUGCCAAUCGUUAUGCCAGCUCAUGGUAACUUAAUAACUGCCGUGAACUGUGUGUGAGCAUUUGUUAUACCACAUUCCAACGCUUUGAAUUCGCAUUUUUCUAGUCGAUCUAUAAUCGAAGACAACUGUUUGACG